AUCCUCCUCCUCCCCCCUGCGGUGCUUGGUGGAGAGGAGCGUUCACGUCCAGUCGGAGGUGAUCUGACACAGAGAGGAGGAGGAGGCGCAGUCAAUGAGGGAGACAAGAGGAAAGUGAGCUCUGAACGCGAGGAGGGACGAAAGGGAGAGAAAUCAGAAAUAAAUCCCCCCCUGACCCUGAAGAGGAAGACAGCUUCACUGCACCGUGAGGAUGGGGAACCGGGGGAUGGAGGAUUUGAUUCCUCUGGUGAACCGCAUGCAGGAUGCCUUCUCCGCCAUCGGCCAGAACGCAAACCUGGACCUGCCGCAGAUCGCAGUGGUGGGCGGCCAGAGUGCGGGGAAGAGCUCGGUUCUGGAGAACUUCGUCGGGAAGGAUUUCCUCCCUCGUGGCUCUGGCAUUGUGACUCGUCGUCCUCUGGUUCUGCAGCUCAUGACCUGUCCCACAGAGUAUGCAGAGUUUCUCCACUGUAAAGGCAAAAAGUUCACUGAUUUUGAUGAAGUGCGGCAGGAGAUCGAGGCAGAGACCGACCGCGCCACGGGGGCCAACAAAGGCAUCUCACCUGUGCCCAUAAACCUGCGUGUCUAUUCCCCCAAUGUUCUGAACCUGACACUGGUGGACCUGCCAGGAAUGACCAAGGUGCCCGUGGGCGACCAACCUGCAGACAUCGAGUCCCAGAUCAAAGAGAUGCUGAUGCAGUUUGUCACCAAGGACAACUGCCUGAUGCUGGCCGUGUCCCCGGCCAACUCGGAUCUGGCCAACUCUGACGCUUUAAAGAUUGCCAAAGAGGUCGACCCUCAGGGUGUGAGGACCAUUGGAGUCAUCACCAAACUGGACCUGAUGGACGAGGGCACAGACGCGAAAGACAUCCUUGAGAAUAAACUGCUUCCACUCAGGAGGGGUUACAUUGGUGUUGUGAACAGGAGCCAGAAGGACAUUGAUGGAAGGAAGGACAUUAAUGCUGCCAUGGCUGCUGAGAGGAAGUUCUUUCUCUCCCAUCCUGCAUAUAGACACCUGGCAGACCGCAUGGGCACUGCCUACCUCCAGAAAGUCCUCAAUCAGCAACUGACCAACCACAUACGGGACACGCUGCCGGGCCUCCGAGCCAAACUACAGAGUCAGCUUCUGUCCAUAGAGAAGGAGGUGGAGGAGUACAAGAAUUUCAGACCUGACGAUCCAUCACGCAAGACCAAGGCUCUGCUCCAGAUGGUGCAGCAGUUCUCUGUGGAUUUUGAGAAGUGCAUCGAAGGCUCCGGGGACCAGAUCGACACGGCGGAGUUGUCCGGUGGUGCCAGGAUCAAUCGCAUCUUCCAUGAACGCUUCCCCUUUGAACUGGUCAAGAUGGAGUUUGAUGAGAAGGAGCUGCGGAAGGAGAUCAGCUACGCCAUCAAGAACAUUCACGGCAUCAGAACUGGCCUCUUCACCCCGGACAUGGCCUUUGAGACCAUUGUGAAAAGGCAGAUUGGGAAGAUUAAAGAGCCGUGCACCAAAUGUGUGGACAUGGUCAUUUCUGAGCUAGUCAAUACGGUUAGGCAGUGUACCAAGAAGCUGGCUCAGUAUCCAAUGCUACGGGAGGAGAUGGAGAGAAUCGUCACCCAGCACAUCAGAGACAGAGAGAGCCGCACUAAAGGCCAGGUGCUGCUGAUGAUCGACAUCGAGUUGUCCUACAUGAACACCAACCAUGAGGACUUUAUUGGAUUUGCUAACGCUCAACAGAGGAUCAACCAAAUGAAUAAGAAGAAGGCAGCCGGCAACCAGGAUGAAAUCAUGCCUGAGAGAGGAGUUAGCGAUCGGUUCAAGGUGAUCAGGAAAGGCUGGCUCACCAUCAACAACAUUGGCAUCAUGAAAGGAGGAGCCAAGGAGUACUGGUUUGUCCUCACGGCCGAGUCUAUGUCCUGGUACAAGGACGAUGAGGAGAAGGAGAAGAAGUACAUGUUGCAGGUGGACAACCUGAAGCUGCGCGACGUGGAGAAAGGCUUCAUGUCCAGCAAGCACAUCUUUGCCCUCUUCAACACUGAACAGAGGAAUGUUUAUAAGGAUUACCGUCAGCUGGAAUUGGCCUGUGAGAGUCAGGAAGAUGUUGACGCAUGGAAGGCCUCCUUCCUCCGAGCUGGAGUUUAUCCUGAACGCGUCACGGAGAAGGAAGGAAAGAGUGAAGGUGGUGAUGACAGCAGCUCGGAGAACUUCAUGCACAGCAUGGACCCUCAGCUGGAGCGGCAGGUGGAGACCAUCCGUAACCUGGUGGACUCCUACAUGGCCAUCGUCAACAAGACCGUCCGUGACCUGAUCCCGAAGACCAUCAUGCACCUCAUGAUUAACAAUACAAAGGAGUUCAUCAACGCUGAGAUGCUGGCACAUCUGUACUCGUGCGGCGACCAGAACACGCUGAUGGAGGAGUCGCAGGAGCAGGCCCAGCACCGUGACGAGAUGCUGCGGAUGUACCACGCCCUCCGUGAGGCCCUCGGCAUCAUCGGUGACAUCAGCACAACCACGAUAAGCACCACCAUGCCGCCGCCUGUGGACGACUCCUGGCUGCAGGUGCAACGGAGCGGCUCAGGGGGAAGGUCUCCGGCCACCAGUCCAACACCAAACCGCAGAGCUCCACCAGGACCUCCUGUGCGCCCAGUCUCUCGUGGGCCUCCACCUGGGCCUCCACCAGCGGGAGGGCCCCCUGUACCGUCUCGCCCCGGGGCCUCUCCUGACCCCUACAGUGGGCCACCACCCACUGUCCCCUCCCGGCCUAACCGUGCACCCCCAAGUGUGCCGAGAAUCACUGUCACUGACCGGUGAGGGAAAAAAAGCGUCUGGUACGUUGUCGGAGACCCCCGCCUUCUCCAACCCACUAGCCCUCCGAGCUCCUACCUCCCCGCUCUGUCCAUCCCUCCCCUGGAUGGCACCACGGACAACAGCGCCACCUUCCUGUCGUUUUCUGCCUCACCUUGCCCCCCCUUCUCCUGAAACCAUUUCUCCAUUAGAACAAGCCAUGUCUCUCUCUCUCUCUCUCUAUUCCCUCCUCACCACAGAGAUUAAAGAAUAUUUGAAACUCGCCUGCAUGACCGACAUAAGAACACAGCUGCACCCUGAGUUUGAAUAAAACUUAGUAGAGAUAAUGAAAUAUUAAAUAAGGAACACCUUGAUGAGUGUAUGCGCCCAUAUGCAUGCACACUGCUUACAUGACAACACACAUAAAUCUCUCUCUCUCUCUCUAUAUAUAUAUAUAUAUAUAUAUAUAUAUAUACACACACUGUAUACAAGCUAAAUACAUACAUCCCCUCUUUUUAAACCUAAGAGAGAAAAACUUUACAAAAUCAGCAUGAAACUUUGCCUGACUGUUGUGCUUUUUGGGUGGUUUUCUGGCCACUGACUGACUUAUUCUUCUCUUUCAUACAUUUGUUCCUUUUGGAUUUUACUCAAGGAGAAAAUGUUGCCUCGUCAUGCUGCAAGAAAAACAUUUCAUUGGAUUAAACUUCUGUUAUUUUGGUUAUACGAAUACGUGUCCGUACACUUUCGUCUUUUUUCUUGCAGCAUUUCAGUUCAUGAGGUGAACAUGACCGAAGUCUUUGAAGUCUUUGUAUUCAGGUGUAAUAAAUUCAAAAUCACAGGUGAAGAAUCACAUUAAAUCAAGUCCUAAGAGAAGAAAUGUGCCAGUCACAUGUUCAGAUUUAUGAUUUUGUCCAUUCUGCUGUUCUUCUGUCCCAGAGAGCCCCCCCGCUGCUAUUUGACCUUUAGAAUAAGCCCCGCCUCCUCUUCUUCAGGACCCAUGUCUUGUUGUAUGACCUGAACGUUUCUUCACAAAAAAUGUUUCUCGGUUACCUCAUAGAGGCAGAAUCUAAAUAGAAAGUGCAAUAUAAUACAGUUAGGACUUUGUUUUACCUGAGAGGAAGGGAAUCUAUGGGCUGGGUUUUUAUUUGACUCCCUGACCUCGAUCUUUAUGGAAAUGAUGUUCGAAGUUGGAUAAUCUCCUGUUUCUUUUUUUCCUUCCUUUUUUCUUUUUCUCUCAGUGGUCACGGGGGUGAGUGAGAGCAUGAAAGCAGCCACAGUCUAUGCAUAAAACUAUCCAACGCUCCUUCUGUUUCACCCUUUUCUUUUGCCGUGUGCCAGCCUGUGAGUUGAACCCUCCUUUUUUUUUUUUUUAAAUUCUACCACUGAACUCUGCAGUCAGUGUGACGCGUCGUACUUUUCCCACGUGACUUUUUUUUUGGACAACAAACGAACCCCGUCUGUACCUCAACUGAUGUCACUACCAAAACCCGAGAUACUUCAGUGAUGCCCUUGUUCUCCUUAUAAUUUACCAGUAAAUAGUUUAUUAAUGGACCUAUCUUAAUUGCAAUUAUUCUGUAUAUGUGUAGUGUAUCUAAUGAGACUUGUAUUUCUUCUGUCUCGAGAAUUUAGUCUGCAAAAUAUGGGAUUGCUGAAUAUUUAAGUUAUUAUGAAUAAAUGAGUAUCUGUAUCAGGAAAUAUUUAAAAAAGAAAUGUAUGAUACAUUGAUGUGUACAGGUGCCUGCAGGUUAUUUGAUACUUGUGGCCGAGAGGUUUUUCUUUCUUUGUUUUUCUUUGUCUCUCCCCUUCUUACUAUAUGUGUGUGUGUGUUUGUGUGUGUAGAGGAGCAGGUGGGUGUGUGUGUGAGUGUGUGGAGUUCCUGCAGCAGCAGCCAACUCCUGCAUCCUGUUCAAACUGAUGUGACUAAGAAAAUAAAAGGACGGCUGUACUCGGCAGGACUGCUGUGCUUAAGUGUCAACACAUUAAAACCUCAGUUUAC